UAGACCGUGGCAUGGUGCGUGAAUGGUCUAUUUAUGCCUAGGACCAAAAAUGUUCGAUUGGGGGGAGGGGAUCCACGAUGCUACGUUUGGUACCCACUGAGGUGGGUACCUUCUUGGUUCUCGCUUCACGCUUCCUCUUCAGUCAGUUGGGUUACGGGGCGCCUAUCCACGUUUGAGCAGCAGCAGCAGCAGCAUCAAACGUACUGUCAUCCUGUGGACACAAUUCAAGCUGGGGAUAUAGUGAAAGUCAAAUCAUAAUUACGGAGCUGUCCAUCACAAAGCAGGCCCUGUGAUCCAAUUCAGCUCAACUCUCCGCCACCCUGUUGAGGGUAAACUGGAACGCUACCUGACAGAAACACUCCCCAGAGAUUCCUGAGUUCACAACCUACUUUUCAGGUGAUAAACCCCUGCCUUUGAAAUUCCUCAACACUUCAAUAAUGGAGGACGGCUAUCAGAACAAGACAGCCUUUAUAAAGGGCGCCAAAGACAUUGCGAAAGAGGUCAAGCGCCAGGCGGCCAAGAAAGUGGGCCGCGGUGUGGACAAGAUGACCGACGAGUACAGCAAACGCUCCUACGCCCGCUUUGAGGAAAACGACGACGAUGACUACCCUGUAGUGCCUGGGGGGCAGGACGGUGGUUACUACCGGGGCGACAGCCAGGCAGCCAAUGACGAGGAAGGUGGCCACAGCGACUCCACAGAAGGUCACGACGAAGACGACGAGAUCUACGAGGGCGAGUACCAGGGCAUUCCCCGCGCUGACUCGAGCAAGGCUGCUGACGGCCUAGCAGGGGGAGAUGGGCAGCAGUUCAGGGACAUGGCUCAGUUUGAGGGGGAAAGGCGGAAGGAUCAAGAAGAGCUAGCCCAGCAGUACGAGACCAUCCUGCAGGAGUGUGGCCAUGGGAAGUUCCAGUGGACCCUCUACUUUGUGCUGGGGCUGGCGCUCAUGGCAGACGGUGUGGAGAUCUUCGUAGUGGGCUUUGUGCUCCCCAGCGCCGAGAAAGAUAUGUGUCUGUCAGAGGAAAGCAAGGGCAUGUUGGGUCUGAUUGUUUAUCUGGGAAUGAUGGUCGGGGCAUUCGUGUGGGGUGGGCUCGCUGACCGGAUCGGCCGACGACAGUCCCUUCUCAUCUGUCUCUCCAUCAACAGUGUCUUCUCCUUCUUCUCCUCCUUUGUUCAGGGCUACAGCACCUUUCUCUUAUGCAGACUACUCUCUGGUGUUGGGAUCGGUGGUUCCAUCCCCAUUGUGUUCUCCUACUACUCAGAGUUUCUGGCCCAGGAGAAACGUGGGGAGCACCUCAGUUGGCUCUGCAUGUUCUGGAUGAUUGGUGGCAUCUAUGCCUCAGCUAUGGCAUGGGCCAUCAUCCCACACUAUGGCUGGAGUUUCCAGAUGGGCUCUGCGUACCAGUUCCACAGCUGGCGUGUGUUCGUCCUGGUGUGUGCAUUUCCCUCUGUUGCGGCUAUUGCUUCUCUCACCACCAUGCCAGAAAGCCCUCGCUUCUUCUUAGAGAACGGCAAACACGACGAAGGCUGGAUGAUUCUGAAACAAGUUCACGACACCAACAUGAGAGCAAAGGGACACCCAGAGAAGGUGUUUUCUGUCACCACCAUCAAGACUGUAAAGCAGAUGGAUGAGCUGGUGGACAUGGGUGGAGACAUAUCAACUUUGAGACGCUAUAAAUUGAAGCUGACCAGCCUAUUCCACCAGGUGCGGAGUAACUUCUUGGCCAUCUUCAAUCCAGAGUACAGAAGGACCACCUUCAUGAUGAUGGCUGUCUGGUUUACCAUGUCGUUCAGCUACUAUGGGCUGACAGUGUGGUUCCCUGACAUGAUCAAGUACAUCCAGAAGCAGGAAUAUGCCUCGCGCACCAAGUUCUUCACCAAGGAGCGAGUGGAGCAUGUCACUUUUAACUUCACCUUGGAGAACCAGGUGCACCGCCAAGGACAGUACUUCAACGACAAGUUCAUGAACCUUAAGAUGAAGUCCAUGGUGUUUGAGGACUCAGUGUUUGAGGAGUGCUACUUCGAGGACAUCACCUCUAGCAGAAGCUUCUUCAGAAACUGCACCUUUAUCGCAACUCUCUUUUACAAUACAGACUUGUUCCAGAACAGAAUCAUCAACAGCAAACUGGUAAACAGCACCUUCCUACACAACAAGGAAGGCUGUCUGCUGGACUUCACUGAUGACAACAACGCCUACAUGAUCUACUUUGUCAGUUUCCUGGGCACAUUGGCCGUGUUGCCCGGCAACAUUGUGUCAGCCCUGCUGAUGGACAAAAUUGGACGUCUGAGGAUGUUGGCGGGAUCAAGUGUCAUAUCUUGUGUCAGCUGUUUCUUCCUGUCAUUCGGCAGUACCGAGUCGGGAAUGAUCGCCCUCUUGUGUCUCUUCGGCGGCAUCAGCAUAGCUUCCUGGAAUGCCCUGGAUGUGUUGACUGUGGAACUGUACCCCUCGGAUAAAAGGACAACUGCAUUUGGCUUCUUAAAUGCCCUUUGCAAGCUGGCUGCUGUCCUCGGCAUAAGCAUCUUCCAGUCCUUCGUAGGCAUCACCAAGGCUGUGCCCAUCUUGUUCGCUGCGGGCGCGCUCGCAGCUGGCAGUUUCCUGGCUCUAAAGCUGCCUGAAACACGGGGCCAGGUUCUGCAGUAGCACAAUUCACCACCAGAAGGCAGAAGAGUGUAGCUGCAGUGGCCACAUUGCAACCAGGGCCCGACCAACCAUACAAUCUCAGCCCAUUAAACACCAAAAAACUGACUGUCAUCAGCCGUAUCACAACAGUCCCAGAUUACUGAGAGAGAAAAAAUGAGGAUAGCAUUAUACUUCAAAUGCUGAUGUAACACAUUUAGCCUGCACAGACUAGCUGACAUCUUCACCACAGCGUAAAAAAGCACAUUGGGUUUUCUUUCUAAGAGAUCCUACAGGUUAGACGGAAUGAAAUCCUGCCAACACAGAUAGAAGUUUAUAGCCCACUGCCAAAGGAUGCAAAGAUACUGCUUGAUAGCUGCAAUGCUUAAUGGGGAUAGAUUGAUCAUAGAUACUUCCCAACAAAAGAGAUCAAACAUCUAUACACCCUUAAUUCAUCCUAGCAUCCGUAGCUGACCAUCAUGCCAUUCAAAAAGGUUACAGAUGCGCUCCAAUAGAUUGCUUUCACUGUAACUUAGCUUCCUGCUGAAAAAAAGCGGAGCUCAAAUGAAUACUUGAAUAUUAAAUUGAUGUUUUUCAGCUUUGGCUGAUUAUAAUAGUGGUGAAUCAUACUUCAAAGCUUCUUGUCCUUUGUAAUCUGAAUGGACUUGAUGAGUGAAAGCCGUAUGAUUAGAAGCCCAUUGGUUGAUCAGCCUAUUGCUUGCAUCUUAUAUCCUCUGUCCUUUAGGAUCUGUGGGGAAGAAAGGACAGGAUCAUUGUCAUUUAAAUCUCUUAUUGGCUUCCUCUGAAAGAGAAUAUUACAAACAAUAUUUCCCUUACCAGGUGACAUGCACCAAGCUCCCUGCUUCAAAAUAAUGAUAUAUAUUAUUUGUUCAAACUUGGCAUUGAUACUAGUUAUUUUAUCAUAUAGACAACAGACAACAUGUGUGUUGAAGGUAUAUUGUAAGUAUUGAAAUAAUGACAUGACCAAUAACUGGUCAAUAUUUGAGUUUAUUUAUUGAUGGCAAUUUGACGGGAUCAUUUUUUUAGUUUUAUAUUUGUAUUUAUUAUGGAUCCCCAUGCACACUAAACAAUUACUGUAUUUAUUAUGGAUCCCCAUGCACACUAAACAAUUACUGUAUUUGUUGUUCUGCAUCAGAUUUACUUCAAGCAGUGAAAUACUGCAUAUGUCUAAAUCAUUUUAUGUUGUGUUAUGUAUGAGGGAGAUGGAGAAAGAGUUACAUCAUAUGUAUCCUGUAUGGUUUUGUAAUUGGUUCUAUGAGACCUCUGGGGCACUCAUUCAUGUACAUUGAUCUACAUUGAUAAAGUGCAUCAUUAGGAUCCUGUAAAGAUAUUGGAACGCCAGACAAAGACGAGUAAAUAGGAUGACAACCUAUUUAACACAUCAGUGGAGAUAUCUGUUCAUUUUUGAAAAUCUCGGAUAUUUUUACUUUAAAAUAACGAAUACAUCAAUGAGCCCAGGAUUACAACUCAUGUUUCCUGCUUAUCACAUAGUGGUCUUAUGCUCUCUGCAUCAGCAUUCCAUUUAGCUAAGGCCAACAUUUGCCCCGCUCUCUGCUGUCUAUCAAGGCAUACCGAACAUUAUACCUAGGAGGACCGAAGUCGGCCUGUUCAGUCGCCAAGCAAUGCAGGAUUAAUGAAGCACAAGUGAAUCCAUAUACACUGUUACGAAGCACAUUAGCCUUCAGUCAUACGGCUCAUGUGAAUAUAGCAACUAGUCACUCACAGAUUCAUUUGAAGGGCUCAAUUAAAUGCAAACUGUAUUUUUUCCCCCACCGUAAUUAUAAACACUAUUUUCCCUGUGAUAAGAAAUGUACAAAUGUACUUUUUCAGAGCGACUUACAAUGUACAAUUUAUUGCCCCCCCCCCCAAAAAAAAAAUGAUCCCUUCAGAGGGAGGGCAUGUACGUUGGCAAGGCAGGCUUGGUUGAAUCUGGCCCUUUGUUGAUUAUUAUGUGCUUACUUGUCACCAUGUCCACGCCAUCCCUUUUCAUCUUUGUGUCACAAGUGUGGUGACAAUCAGUGAGAGAGCUGAUCUCUCCAUUGCUCAGCUGUAGUGUGAGUGGUGAUAUCUGACUGCAGGGAGAUUGGGCCUGUGGGAUUUCUCUGUUGCUGUGUGCUUGGUACAAGUGCCGUGUCUGAUGUGGUACUGGAAUUAUUUCUUCAAAUCGGAUCUCUUUAGUGUUGCGUAUGUCUGUAUGUGACAUCUAUUGUUAUUUGUGUGUGCACAUAACUGACACAUUUGUUCUAGACCUUAGUGUGUUUGAGUGAGUUUGCGACAGAUACGUGUAAAACAAUGUGUGUCGAUUGAAUUUGUGAUCUCUGUUGUGCUCUCUUUGUGUGACUGCGUGCAUGUGUGAGUGUGUGUGUGUGUGACUGCGUGCGUGUGUGUGUGUGUGUGUGUGUGUGUGUGUGUGUGUGUGUGUGUGUGUGUG